AGAAGUGGAGAAACUACAAUUAAUUUCAAUACUCUAAUAUUAUUCAAAAUUAUUUUUGGCACUGGAAAGCUGAAUAUUCUUCUCUUUCUGGAGUCAUCCUAUGUAAGAAUUGUCUAAGGCUUUGUAAAACUGUUGCCCAAUAGACUGGAACAUGGAUCCACAGCUAGACCCCAUGAAGGAUGACUUGCCUUUAAUGGCAAACACCAGCUACAUGCUUGUAAAGCACUACGUGCUGGACUUGGAUGUGGAUUUUAAAAGUAAAGUUAUUGAAGGCAGCAUAGUUUUAUUCUUUGAGACUGGGAGCCAGCACAGGAAAAACAGCAGUACUGGCAGAGAAUGCUGCCAGUCAGAGUUUGAUCAGUCCCAUAAAAUGAGGGCAUCUGAACCCUACCAUGUUCCUGUGACAAAUGUGAGUGCCUGUUCAUCUAAAAUGGAAUAUAAUGGUUUUGCUGUCAGUGGUGAAGGUGAAGAAGAUACUUCUGAUGAAAAUGGUAACCAUAGCAACAGUGAACAGGCUUCUGGGAUUUCCAGUUCGGAGGACUGCUGUGACAGAGAGAAUCAUGGGAACCAGGAUUUUGUGCUGGUAUUGGACUGCUGUGAUUUAUCUGUGCUAAAGGUUGAAGAGGUAGAUGUUGCUGCUGUGUCAGGCAUUGAACAAUUUACAAGGCCUGCCAAGCUAACUGAUGUUUCAAAGGAGCUGGGAAAUCUCAGGAAUCACAUUGUCCACGAACUCGUGGCUCUACCUGCAAAGCGCUGGGAGGAACAGCUGUGCUGUUUUACUCACUGCAGCCAGGCACCUGGCUGUGGAGAGCUUCCCUUUGCUACUGGCCCUUGGAGCUUGGAGAUCAGGAAACCAGGAAUUGGGACUCCAGCAGACUUCCCUCACGCUAUAAGAAUAUGGUACAAAACCAACCCGGGUGGAAGAUCCGUGGCAUGGACCACAGACCAGAGUGGCAGGCCAUGUGUUUAUACGAUGGGAUCACCAAUAAACAACAGAGCCCUUUUCCCGUGCCAAGAGCCACCCAUUGCCUUGUCAACAUGGCAAGCCUCUGUCCGAGCAGCUGCAGGCUUUGUGGUGUUAAUGAGUGGGGAAAACUCAGCAGAACCAGUCCAGCUUCCAGAAGAUAUCUUGAGCUGGUACUAUUAUGUGUCUAUGCCAAUGCCAGCAUCCACCUUCACCAUUGCUGUGGGGUGCUGGCAGGAAGUUAAGCAGCAGUCCUUCACAGCUGCUAUUCCAACAAACACUGAGUUUUCAUUGCCAUCUGUACAAGCUGAUUUCAGCUGGCAUGAAGCAAUGUGUGGCCAUGUGGGAUAUCCCUGCCGUUUCCAGAACCCUGCAGUGAGCUGGCAGGCAGUCAUUCCUCACAGAGUCUUCUCUCCCUGCUGCCUCGUGGAGCUCUGCGAGGAACGUUUGCUCCCGCUUAUCCCUCAGUGCCUCUCGGCUGCUUUCUCCACGCUGGGUACCCACCCCUUCUCCAGGCUUGAUGUUUUGAUAGUUCCUUCUAACUUCUCCAGCCUGGGAAUGGCCAGCCCACACAUCAUCUUCCUGUCCCAGAGUGUCCUACCAGGAGGGAGCCAUCUAUGUGGAACUCGUCUGUGCCAUGAGAUCGCUCAUGCUUGGUUUGGGCUGGCCAUUGGUGCUCGGGACUGGACUGAAGAGUGGAUCAGUGAAGGCUUUGCCACUUUUUUAGAAGAUGUAUUUUGGGCUAGGGCACAACAGCAGCUCUCCCAUGAAGAGGUAAAAGGGCAGCAGGAGCUGAAAGCUUUGCUUCGCUGGCACCGCCUCAGGGAUGAGGUGCAGAACUCUGAGGAAGAGCUGCAAGUUUUGAGGCCCAACAAGGAGAGCACAGGAGAAUUGAGUGAGUCUGGAGCAUCUGUUGUCAAAUAUGGUCUUAAAGCAGAAAAAAUCUUCAUGCAGGUUCACUAUUUGAAGGGUUAUUUCCUUUUGAGAUCUCUGGCAAGGACAGCAGGAGAGGCCUCAUUCCUUCUGUCUUUGCGAAAAUUUGUCUGUAAGUUCCACGGGCAACUCGUCCUUUCUCAGGAUUUCCUUUGCAUGCUGUUGGAAGACAUCCCUAAACAAAGAAAAUCCGGGUUAACUGUUGAAAGUAUCUUCCAGAACUGGCUUGACACUUCUGGAAUACCAAAGCCCCUGCUGGAGGAGGUCGAGACGUGGAAGGAGUGUCAGCUCGUCCGGCAAGUGCGCGGCGAGGUCACAAAAUGGAUUCAGACAAACCAGAGGGUCAGAAAAAGCAGCAAAAAGAAAAGAAAACAGAAUGAAGUAAUUUUCCAGAAGCUUCUCCCUGACCAGCUGGUCUUACUUCUGGAGUUUCUGUUGGAGGAGAAGACAUUGUGUCCUAGAACACUGCAGUGCUUGGAGAGAACAUACCAGCUCCGGGAGCAGGAUGCUGAGGUUCGUCAUCGGUGGUGUGAGCUUGUCAUUAAACACAAGUAUGUGCCUGGGUAUGGAGAUGUGGAGAGAUUUCUCAGAGAAGAUCAGGCUAUGGGGGUGUAUCUCUAUGGUGAAUUAAUGGUGAAUGAAGAUGCAAAACAACAAGAACUUGCACGUAAAAGCUUUGCCUCAGCACAGGAACAUAUGGAUGUGUCCUCAGCCAAAGUGGUGGCAGAGAUGUUGUUCUGAAGAGGCUUACAGUGUCAAAACCUGAGUGACGGGAUACUCAGCGAGUUCUUUCAAGUGCAGCAAGAGUGAGGAAAUUGUCCAAGAAUGGCCCAGACACCACACUGACUUCUGUGGUCACAGUCAGAGAUGGAGCUCUGACAGGAGCCCAUUCAGAAAAGAGUUCUGCUUCAUUUCACAGGUUUUUCUGCAGAGGCCACCAGCUUGCUUUUUGCUUUUUCCAUUGUGUUUUAGGGAAAAAACCCAGAGCUGGAUAAGACUCUUGCAUAAGACACACAGAAAUAAAAUACACUGCAAGCCUCUUCAUAGCCACUCCUGUUAAAACUACUGGGCGAGUAAGGCACUCCUCACCUCUGUAAAUAUCAUCACAUUUGGUUUCUUUCAAAACAAGCUACUUGCAUUUUUUGUUAAUAUUGAGCACAGCAGUAGUUUGUUCUGUUUGCUGCAGCUGUUCCAGUCUGUCUCAGCAGUAUUAACUUGAAUAUUUCCCUCACCACAACUUUGUGAUCCAUCAUUCAUGGUAGCAACUGAGAAAAUGAACAGAAACUAAAACACUAACACCAAACAACCUAAAAAAAUGGCAAAGAGGUGGCAAUCUUGGCCCUUUAUCAGGUUUUAUAGGGCCUUUUGUUGCUAAUCCAAGCACUGUGAAAUACAGUAAGGCUUCAGAUUAGGAAGAAAACUAAAGGCAGCAUUGAAUAGUUCUGUGACUUACUCAUCAUGAGUAAGAGAUAAUAGGAGAUUCAUGUAUGUAUUAUAUAGUAGGGUCAUUAUCAUGAUACAAGCAUUUCCUUAGUUUAAAAUCCUUCUGAAUCAUGAAAAAACCACUGGAAGUGAGCCACAGACUGUCAUUUAACUAUUUGAGUUUUUAAUAGGCCCCACUGAAAGCUUAGCAGAAAAAAACCAAUGUUACUCAUUUUACUCAAGAUUUUACUCUCCAGGUGGGUGUUUCUAUGUUAUUUCCCUGAGCUGUAGGCUCUAAUUGUAGUAAAUAAGUGAACAAAAAAAACCCCAAACAUUUCCAAACUUACUGUAACUAAAAUAAUUAUUGGAAAACAUGUUUUAUCAAAUGAUCCCUCCAUCCAGGAAUCGGAGUCAGUGAUCUUUGUGGGUCCCUUCCAACUCAGUGUAUUCUGUGAUUCUACAAUCCAGAGCUGACUGUCAACACAGUAAAAUCCAAUGGAACUGCACAGUUGUUGUUUGUUCUUAAGCACAGUCAGGCUUUUGGGGCCAGUGGCAGAAAUGUAACAACAUUAAAUGGGCAUUUGGAGGUGAACACUUAAGACCUGAAGUCUGGUGUCCAUUGCCAUGUCAGUGUGUGUGACUGUGACAAACACAGACACCCCUGGAGGUGGCUUCUGCUCUACUUAUGUUUCAUUCUACCUCUGUUUCAUAGUCAGCCCUCUCUGAAUAAAAUACACCAUUUUGUAAGGGUGGGUUUUUGAGGGUAAGGCCCAUCCCUAACUCAGUCUUCUCCAAGCACAGUGGCAAUUCUACCCUGAAUAGCACUAGAAAGUCCAGACUAUCUCCCACUUAUCCCAUCAGGCCACCAUCUGGUUGGGAUCAGGGUGAUUCUUUUCUGGAUGUAGCUUUUAACUGUAAAAAUGAAUCUCAGAUGAAAUUAAAACUGUAUCCAUACAGUUAGGCAAGGGUCACCAUCUAUUGUCCUGUGCCACUUACUGGGUCACUUCUUCAGAAUAAAGGCAGAGCACAACAAGGGGUGACCUGGCAGUCCCUUGGCCCCACACAGGACAUGAAUUCCUGGGCACACAUGUUCUCUUCCAAGCCCAGAGUGACACAGACCACUCUGCUGACAGCUUUGUUUGCUCUGCAGCUUUGCUGGGAGGUGUUUGCAGCUGCUGCUGUCUCUAUGCUUUCUCCUUUAGCAGGGAAUUAGCUGUACCCUAUUGUCCAUUCCUCACACACAGUGGGGAAGGGAAAAGGUCUGGAAGCAAAUCUAACCAGAAAUGCAAACUGAGCGAGUGGGCAGCUUGAGGAAACAAGAAGGCUUACUAAGCCUAAAGAAAACCCUAUUCCACAACACUGAUUCUUAAUAUCUAAAUGCAAAUUAAUAAAUCUCUUGGUCUUUAUAAUGAAUCUUGUGGUCUUUUAAAGCUGUAAAAUAUCUAGAAUUCAUGAGUUAUGUUUGAUGUCUUCCAUAACAGGAAAAGAUUUUAACAUACACCUGAGUGCAUUUCUGUUCUUGCCCCCAGUCUUUGAUGCCUAGAUUAGUAGUAAAAUAAAUAAAUAAAUAAAAAUAAUAAAU